UUUACCUGUUCUAAAUGUGACAAAGUAUUCAAUAGAUUACGAUAUUUAAGAAAACACAUGGAAACUCAUAAAACAGAAAGUAAAUUUUUGUGUGAUGAGUGUGGUAAAUCAUUUAAAACGAAAAAUUAUUUACAAGCCCAUAGAAGAACACAUAGACCAAAAAUGUUUAAAUGCUCUCAGUGUAGUUUUAGUUCUAGUGUUAAUUCUUUAAUUCAUGCUCAUAGACAAUUACAUAAUCAUGGUAGUGUUCUAUGUGAUGUUUGUGGCCAGGCCUACUUAGAUAAUUCUACCUUAAAGAAACAUAAAAGAGUGCAUGACAUGAGUCGACCAUUUGGUUGUACAUAUCCAGGCUGUACUUGGAGAUUUAAUAAAGAAGUUUUAUGUCAAGCUCAUGUCAAAUCUCAUACAACUACUGGACAGUUUAUGUGCAAUAUAUGUGAAUAUUCAUUUAGACAUAAACAUCAUUUACAAAGACAUCAACAA